UUUUAACUUUCUAGUAAAAUUUGAAAGUAAUGUCUAAUAUGAUUUUUCACCAAUUAUGUUAUCCAAGUAUGUUUAAAAUUAAUUAUUAAAAGUUUGAUCUUAACCUUUAGAGAUUCAUAGAGUCCAGUCUUCUGUCCUUCAUAAUUUUUUUGUUUUCUUAUUAGCUUUGAUUUUAACAGUACCUGUUCUGUAUGUUCUGGAAUGACAGAAGCAGUUGCAAACUGAUUGGCCAGAUCCAUAGUGUCAUUCUGAGCUGAUGAUUUUCACUCUGAAGUAGUUUUACCCAUUGAUGGCUAGUGCCAGCUUUUUGUCUUAGAAACUCUUCAAAGGUAAUGGACUGAGGGAUAGAGAGUGCAUAGCAAGUUGGCUGUCACAUGCAAAUAGGUGUGACUAAUUGUUUUUCUGGAGCAGUGCGUCCUUACAUGUUCUGGAUGGUAGCACAAAACCCCAAGCCUUUAGUUAAACAUAUCCUGUACCUUGUAUGCAGCUCACUAGUGUGACUGGCUAGAAACCUGUUUUGUUCUCUGUAUUUUUUGUGGCAUUUUGGCACAUCUUCUUUAAUUCCUGAAUUGGUUUCUUUUGGAGCUUUAAAAAAAGAUUAAAACACCCCCUUAUAAGAUGUAGGAUGAAAAAAAUUAGGAAUCAGUUUUAAAAGCAUCUAAAAUAAGCUUUUCAGUUUAAUUAUGUUUCUUAAGGAAAAAGUGUUGUGAAAUGAUUAGAAAUGUUAGUCAUUAGCUGGUUUUGCAGUGAAAAAGGCUUAAGUGCUUCGAAGUUUUCGGUGUUUUUUCUUCUCCCUCUAAAAAAUACAUGAAAGUUAGGUACAACCUAAUCCUGUUAAUUAGAUUUGGUCUGUAGUAACUCUGGAAUGAAUGGUGUUCUUUUAAGGAAGAGUGUCUUAUUGCUGUAGCUUCCUGCUGUAGUGUCUUCAGUUUUAUUGCUAUCCUUGAUAUGAGAUAGUGAUUCUCUGCUUUCUGCCCAGAUUUGGUUGUGACUUGGUGCGUGACUCCAGUUGCACCUGAAGUCUCAGUAGUCUGCACCAGCUGCUCUGUAGAGUUUUGCUUUGGUUUUUCUUAGCUGUUGGUCACUGUAAAUGUGAGCACAUUUUACUGUUUUGGGGAGCCCCUGUGCUUCUGUUUGGUUUUUGGGGCUGUGGGGAGGGGUGGGGGCAAUGUAUCGCCUCAAGAUUUCCACAUCAGUGUGUGUCACUCAAGCUUACAGGCACACUGCUACACAAAAUGGAUUUCCUUUUGUCAAGGGUAGAUACCACUCUGAGGCAGUUCAGCUUUUCCCUCUGUGUUUUGUAAGCUAAUUUUUUGUACUGACAAAAUUCAUACUUUGAAGAUACUGUGAAUUUUUUAAUUUGACAUCUUUAAACUAAUAUUUCAUUUUAUUUAAUAAUUUAAAAUAUUCAAUGACAUUUAAUGUUAGCAGGCUUGAAAAAAUACUUAGAAGUCUAAAGUGAUGUCAGGUCUUGAAAUCUGAAGACUUCAGUGUGGGCUGAAAGCCCAUGUAGCUCAAGGACUGGUGCACAGUGAAUGUAAUGUCUGAUGUUUGAAAACCUGCUCACUGAGGGAGGUGUGCUCCUUAGUGUGUGUGUAUAUGGAAUCCUUGGGAGUAUGUGUCCCUAGGAAUGGUGUAGACUGUGGGCACAAGAUUUGAAUACCUCAUAUUAAAAUAAGAAAAAGGAGCCUAAUUAAUUAAUUUGAAACAUAAGGCAUGAAAUGUGAAGUCAUGCGUGCAAGUCAGGCGAGGACAGAAUAACUGCCAUGGACCAUUGGUUUUGUGUUGAGAGGACAAAGAGAUGGGGCCAUAGGCACAGUGAUUAUCUUCAAUGACAUGGUGGUAGUUUUCUACCCUGAACAUUUAUUUAUUGGACAGUGUAGGUUUUCAAUGUCAGUAGAUGCAACACUCAGACAUCUGAGACCCGAAGCUUUCGAAAUUUACCUGAGAUUUGUCAGUGUUAAACCUUUAGUGUUAGAGGGAUUGACUGAGAGGUUAGAGAAAUCCAAGGUUACUUCAUCCAGUUCUGGUAAUGUCAUCUUGGACAAAAAGCACCAUUUCAGAAGGCAGAGAUACCUUUUUUGAAUAAAAGUGAUUAACUUAUCCAAGCCUGUUGUGAUUAAAACCUCCAACUGCAUGUUUGGAGAGAGGAGGAAAGAAGUAAUGUAAUGUCUGACAGAGUAUCAAAAAAAAAGGCAGUAAAGUUAGCUGAGGUCUGCAAGUGUAGACUUGGGGGUUUGUGCACUGCAUUGUCAGGUGGUGAGAAAGGGCCCUUUGGCUGACUAAACUGCAGUGCCCCAGAGGAUGGCUGAUUCUCUCCAUCACUUUUUUGCUGUCUUGCAUCCAGGGUAGUUUGUUUUAUGCAGUCAGUGUUACCUGUUAUUAAGCUGUAAGCUAUCCCCUUUAAAAAUAAAAUGAAAAAAUAAAAACCCAGGUUGUGUUGAUGAUGCUCAAAAAUUUCAGCCAAGUCCUUUGUCAGAAGACUGUCUAGUCUGGCAGUGGCACACCAGAAUCAAUUUCUGGAAGCUGAAGAUGAACUAGUGGAAAUUGGUGCAAAUAAAUAUAAUUGCUUCAACAUACAACUAAAGAAAAAAAUGAGUUCUUCUCUAAGAUUGAAAGCCUUUUUGAAGGUGUUAUUAGACAACACAGAUCCUUGCAGAGAAGGGGUGACUGGAUGGAUAGAUAAUGAUUCAUGAUGUUCAGACAUACAAUAUCUAUUUACUCCCUCUGUGUUCAGAGACUCAUGGGUUAAUGAAAUUGUUCCAUCUUUGCAGUUUGGUCAGUAUAGCAGACAAGGAAAAUGGUGUGGGCUUAGUAUUUUUUCUGCACCAUUCUUCCUCAGUGUCAAGAGACUGAGAAGAGGAGACAGGACCAUCAUUCCUUAGGAUCCCACAGGUCCAAGGAAUCUGAAGGCAGUGGAUAUGUGAGGGCCUGUCAACAAGCUUCAGUGCCCAUUCCAAGAAUACUCCAGUAGUGAAGAGAAGAAAGGAAAAAAGAAAAGGGGGGAAAACCCCCACCAAAAUACCAAAAACUGUUCUGGCUUUGAACCUUGCUGCCUUCAACAUUAGCUGAAUGAUCAGCAGUGAAACUGCCCUGGUGCCAAGACUGUGGCACGGUCCUCUUAAACUGUGGUGCAAAAUCAGUCUGUUCUCAGCCUGCUUCUGGUGAGACUUGGAAUCUGUAUCCUCAUGUCCAUCUUGGGAAGUCUUCAGUCACUCCUUUCUCUGUGUUGGAACACAGCCUUUUGGAACUGAAGAUGAGAUCUCAAGGAUUUCUAGGAUUGUUCUCGCUACACUGCAGGUUAUCAGGUAUCUUGAACACCCAUGAUCCUUACUAAUCUUUUGUGGAAAUUGCACUGUCAUAUCCUUCAAAUAUCCCAUAGUAUCUGUAUGCACAUGCCAUUGCUUAAAUCAGGCUGAGAAAGACAAAGUCAGCAGAAGAGGAAGUGAAAAAUGCUUCAGCUUUUUCAGAGGCUAUUCUCAUGAGGAAAAAUUAAAUCUUAAUGGUGUGGAAAGAUGUGAAACACCAGCUGCACUCCAGCACUGCUACGGGCGGCCUUCCCAUUCUGAACUUUGACCUCAGGCUUUUAUGGGCCUGUUCCCAAGCCUUCAGUACUUUCAAGAAAGCAAAGCCACCAGGACUGCUCAGACCUGAAUGCUUACACCAUGGCCUCCUCCAGCCCUUUCCAGAUACAACAGGCACCCUCCAGCAUCCCUUUGCUCAGAGCCUGGGGCUUUUUGCUUUUGCCAGAAGGACUUCAGCAAGCUUCUCUCUUCUGAUGCUGACUGGCUUAUCUGCAAUCUCCUCUUCCUGGGGAAUGCUCACACAUUGUCAGGGUUCAGGCAUAGCCAAAUACCAUCUCCUAAUGGGGACUUGGCAGUCACAUUUUCAUGAGCAUCCCAAGAUCCAAGAUAAGCUAUGUUGAAGAAAAGACUCGGGUAUCUUGGAAUUGCAAGCAGUUGAAUUGUGUGGCUAUGCCCAAUAAAAAGCUUUUUGGUUUCCAGUUGGCAGUUUCUUGGAGACAGCCUUUCAGGAGGUGUGUCAGACAGAAAGUCCUGUUUCAAAAUAUUGAUGACUGUUUCACUGAUCCCAGUCUUAUGGCUGCUUCUGCAACAGUGAGACAGAAUGGAUGUUUUAAAUCACUCCUGAAUGCUAAAAUUUAAACUGGUCAUUCAUGGCUGGUGUCGUAGCCAUCGGUCCUGCGGCUUGUGAGUUAUAAGAGCAGCUCUGCUGGCUUGUUUUAGCCUCUGCUUCAAGAUGAUUUAAAUUUUGGAGAUGCACUUUCCACUACUAUAAUGGGAAUAAACCAACAAAAUAUAGGAACCAAAAUUCAUUAGAUUUAAUUUCACUGAUGGAUUCUGCUAAACCAAAGCUGCCCUACAUGGAACAAUUUGGGACAGAUAUUUUCAGUUGUGCCUUGUGUUAUCAAAGGCUUUAGUUGUGAGCUGAAAUUUCUUGUUGCUUUUGGCAGUAAUUAUUAUUUAGCUGUAAAUAAGUUGAAACAGAAUCAUACUACUUAUAGUACAGAUUUAUUUAGCACAGUAAUUUUUGAUUACGGCUAAAAUGUGUGUUUCAAGAUGUGAUUCUUUUCUUCCAGCAAGCAAGGAUUUGGCACAGACAUCCUAUUUCAUGGCUACCAACAGCCUUCAUCUUACCACAUUCUGUCUUCAGUACAAGCCCACAGUGAUAGCAUGUGUGUGCAUUCACUUGGCCUGCAAGUGGUCCAACUGGGAGAUUCCAGUAUCAACUGAUGGAAAACACUGGUGGGAAUAUGUAGAUCCCUCAGUUACUCUAGAACUACUAGAUGAGCUAACUCAUGAGUUUCUGCAAAUACUGGAGAAAACACCUAGCAGGCUCAAGAGAAUUAGAAAUUGGCGGGCUAAUCAGGCAGCUAAGAAACCUAAAGGUGAUGGACAGGUAUCUGAGAACUCGCUUCUUGGUUCAUCUUUGGUCCAGAAUUCCAUUUUGGUGGAUACAGUUACUGGUGUAGCUGCAAACAC